UGCCCUGUCUUGACGUUGAAAGGUAGUGGUUGAUGUCGCGAAGUUUCCUUGAAGAUCAUCAACAUCCUAGCUCGGCUUAUUCCGAAGCCGAGCUAAACCAUACAUACAGCAACAUCUCGACACAUUCUCAAACACGAGCAUGGCUUGAACUACCUAGGAAGACAGCAUUUUACAGCAUUCAUCGCCUUCGAAAUGACGAUGGACAGCUCGACCGUCAAGCUCGCCGAGCUCCUACGGCAUCCGGACGAUCUGGACAAGAUACCAGACAAGAAGCUGGAAUACGUACGAAAGAAGGCCGCGGUCGAUUCGCAGCUCCGCAGCGGAUUGAAAGAGCAAUUAGAGAUCACACAGUCGGGUAUGAAUGGGAUUACGGAUGGGCAGAGGACGGUGCAGCUCAUCAAGGAGGAAAUGAUGAAGAUAGACAAGCUUUGUGCUGAGGCGCAGAACAUGAUUAGGGAUUUCCCCAAUAUCAAUCUAGUCAGCCAGACGCACAGGAAUUUCAGUGCUGUCGAGACCAUGCGGAUGAAUCUGGAUAGCUUCAAUGAUCGACUGAAUCGGAUUGAAGCCUUGUUGAGGGAGGACGAUGCGGAUCCAGAGAACAUGCCGAACCUGCUAGCUGUGCAUUACGAGUUGACGCAGCUGAGGAAUAUAAGGGAUGAUGCAAUGGAGCAAAUCGAGAGGGCGGAUGAUCCGAGUGCGCAGAAUACGCUGGAGGAGUACUUUGCGCGUUUGGAGGAAACCGUAGAAUGGUUCGAUGAGCAUGUUGGAACAAUUGCGCUGAAUCUAAUUAAUGUGCUUAUCAAUGGGAAUAAUGGGCUGGUGGUGAGGUUGUCAGUCAUCAUUGAGGCGGAAGAGAGCAGUGAUAAGAGAGUAAAGGCACUGCAGGAAGCGCUAAAAGAUCACAAGGAGAUGGCUGCUAGGUUUCAAAGCAUCACGGAUGGAGCGAAGCAGGUUAGGGGAUACAAGGAGAAGUUCUUACAGGCCAUACAGAUACACGCCGAGGAACAGAUCAACGAGUCAAAGCAAGCUUUCCUGGAGGACCCGUCAAGGAUAGACAAAAAUCUGAAGUGGUUCUUCAACGAUUUGAAUGCUGUCAAGCAGGGCAUGGUACCCUUGAUGCCCAAGAAGUGGAAGAUAUUCCAGACGUAUGGAAAGAUUUAUCACCAGCUCAUGCACGACUUUCUGAUCGGUAUGGUUGAUGAUCCAGACACGGAUUCCGCACACAUGCUUUCCAUCCUCAACUGGCCGGAGAAGUACUACCAAAAAAUGGCGAAGCUUGGCUUCAAACAGGAAGAGCUCAAGCCUCUAGUUCUGGAUGGUCGAGAACCUGAGCUGGUCAGAGAUUUCCGACAGCUCGUUAUCAAAUACUUGGACGAAUGGCUGGAUCGCAUCUUCAAGACUGAGCAGAAUGACUUUAUGGAGCGGAGUGUUGAAGGAGGGAAUCUGGAUGCUGAUGAGUAUGGGUACUUCCGGACCAAGAAUUUGGUCGACAUGUGGCGGAUGCUGCGAGAGCAGAUUGAUUCUGCUGGCACGUCACAGCGCAUGGAUGUUGUUGAAGGUGUGAUUGAUGCCAUGAUCCUGCGGCUGAAGACGAGACAGGCAAAUUGGGAGAAGAUGCUUGACGAGGAGGCAGCCAAGUACUAUGUUAAUCCUGAACUUGAUCUACUUCCGGCUCUACAGGAUUGGCUCGUCGCUACUGCAAAUGACCAGAUAGCUUGCAUUGAUGACAACGAGGACGCUGGGAGAUUUGCAUACCUCACGAGUUUCCGCCAGAAAUUCGAGCCUUUGGUAUCGCCUCAGUAUCUUGAGAGAGUGGAUGGCGAUAUUGCCGAUCUACGGAAUGUCUAUGUUGAUUUCAGCACCCACUGCAUAGCCAAGUUCGCCCAACUAGUCUUCGCUGUGGACUUCCGAACCGUCAUGCCAGACUUCUUCACGCCAAGAUGGUACUCUACCACCGCCAUCAAGCAGAUGAUCGUCACAUUUGAUGAAUACGUCAGCGACUACAAAGUCGUACUGCAUCAUUCUCUCCUCGACAUCUUUAUCGAGGAACUCGCCGAUGAGCUUCUCGUCCGCUACCUCACCAGCGUGCGCAACAAAGGUGCCAAGUUCAAGCGUCAAGACCCGUACAAAGACAAGCUCUUCAACGACGUCUCCACAGCCUUUGAGUUUUUCACUGAGAACAGCCACCUCAGUCCUGAUGUUGGUGAGGCUAUCAAGCAGAAAUGGCGAGUUACGGAACGUUUCCUGGAACUUAUUGAGGCCGAUAAGGCGGUCAUUCCGGAGGUGUUUGCGGCGUUCAAAAUGGACUAUUGGGAUUUGCAGCUUAGUUGGGUGGAGGCUGUGCUGAGGGCCAGGGAUGAUUUUGAUAGAGGGAUGCUGAAUGCUGUGAAGGCGAGGGCGGCGCAGAUUGAUGUUGUGAGAGGAUUGGAAACUAUCAUGAUGAAGGUUAAAUAGGCUGGAAUCUCGGGAUGUGAAGUGAGGCAUGGAUGUUUGGUAUAUUUUGGGAGCGUGGAGUUGAGGAGCAUCUUCGGCGUCUAGGAACGAAGGGGAUUGAUCUAUACCAACUUGGGAUGUGUACCAGCUAGAUCAUGUAAUUAUACCAAGGAACUGUAUGGAAUUGAACGCAACCACGAAUAUUGAGCCACGUCGCGAGACCGAAGGCAACUUGGUGACAUCGAACAGGUG